CAUCAAUUAAAAUAUAAAAGUGGUUAUCAGUUUUGAAUACGUUUACAAUUUUGGUUAAGAACAUUUAAAAUUAUCAAUGCAUUGAUGAAUGAAAUAAUCAAAAUGGAUAAUACUCUGUAAUAUUUCAAAGUGAUUGUUCUACAAAAAUUAAUCAAAUUAUGGGUGACACAGAUUUAUAUAAAUCAGUGUUCAAUAAAAUUUUCGAUUGUGUAAAUUCUGGAUUGACUUGGACUGCUUUACAAAUAAAAUCAGCGUGUCCCCAAAAAAGGAAAAAGCUCGACGAAGAAAGUAGCGAAAGCGAAAAGAGUGGAGGAGACGGUACAGACGAUCCAUCGGCAACUCCAAGAAUAGCUCCGAAAACAGAUUCAGAAACAGAUUCGAAAACAGAUUCAGAAACAGAUCCAAAAACAUCUCCAUAUACAUCUCCUGGUCAAAUUUAUCCGCCUGUUAAGCCUCGUUGUUUUAUCAAAAUGCAGGAUCCUUGUGCGCCGUGCUGUUGCGAAACAAAACCGAAGCCUCUACCUUGUCCACCUGGUCCUCAAGAGCCACGUGAACCAAUAUGUGGUUGCGAACUUUGUCAGAAAAAUCCGAACCACGAGAAAUGUUGCGAUAAAAAUAAAACUUUGCGUGGUAUAACUAUUGAUCGUGGAUAUUUUGAAAAGGCAUAAAAAUUGGUUCGAAUGAAGAAUAUGAUUUGAGAGCAGCCUUGGUUCUUCCUGGUGUAAAAAUAAAACUAGAUAUGCCUUAGGAAUCUUAGAACCAAUCUUAUCGAUACUGUAUCUUCGUUUACGUGGGUGCGUAGAGCGCAGUUUUGUAACCAGCCGCGCCCAAUAGACAGACGAUUUCAAGUGUGAAGGCUGAGCUGCUUCACUUCAUCAGUUUGUUAGGUGUGUAAGUGGCAACAACGAAUCUUCAGCUGUAUUGCAAGAAGUAGAUGUUCUAGAUUAUCUUAUCCAAGAGAUAACACUGAUCAACUGCGCGGGAGUAUCAGGAUUUGUUUCCAACAUUUAAAAUUCAGAUUGACGAUAUAUUUCUAAGAAAUAACAAAUAAAACAAACAUGAAAAAAUAGUAUAUUACACAAGAUAUAAUACAUUAUCUUUAUUUAUGUUCUGUGUAAUUAAAACGAUCGAAAAAACAUUGCUCUUCAAAGAAAAGAGGAACGGAAAGUUAUUGCUGGUAAUACCGCUGCUCGAACCAUCCGUCUGUUUAUAUUUACAUUUUUUUUUUUAUUAA